AUGGCGGACGCGUUGAGGGAGCGCACGGCGCAGCUGCUGACCGACUACCUGGAGUAUUGCGCCCGCGGCCCCGGCACCCCCGCGCGGUCGCCGUCUACGCGCGAGGCCGCGGUGCUGCGCUCGGUGGCCGCCGACGUGCGGCAGCGUCACGAGCGCUUCUUGUCGGAUUACCGCGGCUACCGCGGCAACCGCGUGGAGCUGGUGGCUCAGGUGGAGCGGGAGAUACUCGCCCACCCCCAAGCCCUAAGCUGGGGCCGUGUGGUGGCGCUCUUGACCUUCGCGGGAACGCUGCUGGAGCGCCCGCCGCCGGGGGCCUGCUCGAACUUGGGGCCGGACGCGGAACUGGAGCUGGGGGAGUGGGAGGCCACCGUUCGCCAGGACUGCCGGCGCCUGGUGGACUUCCUCUGCGGUCGGCUCGCAGGGCAGCACCGCGCCUGGCUGGAGGCGCACGGCGGCUGGGAUGGCUUUUGUCUCUUCUUCACACCCGUGCUGCUGUCUUCUUGGAAAAGACUGCUGGUCCAGGCUCUUCUGUCAUGCUUUACGGCAGUGAUCUUAAUCUACUUCUGGAAAAGAUUACCGACACUGGAAGAUUGGUUACAUUACCAAGGCUUUGACUGGAAUGUCGUACUUGAGAGAGAAAUGCAUCACCUCAGAUACGACCAGACCGCUUUAAGGAAUUAAGAUUGACCUUACGGAGCCAAGGGAGCCUCUUGGAACUGUUGGCCUGAUUCCUUGCUUGCAGAGUUUUCCAGCGACCUUACCAGGGGCCACGGACGAACUUUUGCUCCAACCACCUGGUAAAGAGGAAAUCUUCCAGCAUUUGAUAUUCAGGAGGAAUUGAAAAUGCAAAAAUAAGAAAGUAAAUAAGUCUGAUCUGCACCCUGCAAUCCUAAUCUGGCAUUGAAACUGUGGAGACCACCAGUCUCCUGACCCUAGGACUGAGGCAACACUGACCUUGACUUCUCCAGGCAGCCUAGCUGGCCCGGUCCACUCCUGCUUCUGUGCUGGGUAUGCAUGUCAGCCUCAACUUAUAUCUUCCACAUCACCUCCUUCGUCGGCAAGUGGAGCCAGACUCUUCGGUAGAUGGUGGGCCACUGAUGAAGGAUCAUAUGAGCUGCCUCGAAAGGAAAUGUCAGGGAAAGUUUUUCAAACAUGUUCCUCAGGUGGUCACUAGACCAGUUGUUGUCAAUCUUGUUACACCCUAGAAGCACCUGCAGCGCUUUAAAAAUCCCUAGGGAGGGGCACCUGGGUGGCUCAGGUCAUGAUCUCCGGGUCAUG